CCCAGGUGAGUUCUGCAGAAUUCCUCACCUACAAGCAAUUUCGAUAACCUAGGUUGUAGCUGUUGGGGUUUGGUGGUUGUAGGGUUCAAACCAGGGGUUGGGGUCAUAGGAUGUGAGUUGUAGCUAUUAGGGUUUGGAGCAGUGGCUGGUGCACGGGAUGUGGGUUGUAGCUUUUGGGGUUCCGAGUAGGGGCUGAGGCACAGGACGUGUAGAAGGUUCCAACACAUUGGGUUAAACAUUCUGAAUGGUUUUAAUUUGGCAUGUCUUCACUUUGCUCGUGUACUGCUUUUGUUGAGCCAUUCUUGCAUUUAGACCUUGUGAUAAUCCUAAGGUGAAGUGCUCUUUGUAACAAAACGGAGUGUUUCUUGAAAUUGGAUGAUAUUGGCGGUUAUUAGUAAUUAGGUAAUCUAAUAUAUCAUAUAAGUGUUAAUAUUUAUGUAUAGAACACAAUCAGGCAUUCAUGUGGCUGCUGCUAGAUAAAUUUCAACUCUAGCUUAGGAUGAGUGUAUUAAAUAUAUAACGGGUUGUUGGGAAUCAAAAGUUGGACUUGAAGUAAGUGGCUCAAAUAUCAGUGUCAGAAUAGAAAGCAUAUGUAUGGCACGAGCUUGAAAUGAGUGUCACAGAAACAUCCAAGAAAACUGGUGCUCCCCAAAUUGUUAAGUUGAACAAGGCAUUGAAAUUGGCCGAGUUAUGGGUAAAUAAUAUGAGCAAAGAUGGUGAUGAUCAUAGAACAAAUGUGGAUUUAGAGGGUAGACCUUCCGGGCUUGGUCUAGGUGCAAAAGUUUCACGCCAGUCAAAAUUUGUACCUUCCGAUGACCCUGUCGAAAAGAAGUUGUAUGCCAAAUUGACGGCUGAAAAAAGAAAAGCAGCCAAUAUUGCUAAAAAGUCUGCCACAAUUGCGAGAGAUGAUUUAGAUGACGAUGAAGACAGCGAGGACUUAGAUAGCAGAACUAAUGCGUUUGCUAAGAGGAAGGCAACGGUACCUUUGACCUCUUCUAUAUUGCGAAAUAAGAAGCAGAAGUGACAUUCACUGAUGAGUUCUUUUAUUCUGCAAGGCUGUAAAGUAUCACAUUUUGCAUUUGCCUUCUUGCAAUUUUGGCUUAAUGUAUAUUUUUCUUGAUUGACCUUUUGACUUUUGAGCACUUAUAUUUUUACGUGUAACUGAUAUUAUUGUAUAAUCAGUCCAUAGUGUUCUUGCUUGGUGC